UCCGGUCCUCUUUCCAGCUUCCCGUGCAACAUGACUAAGAAGAGGAGGAACAACGGUCGCGCCAAGAAGGGCCGUGGGCACGUGCAGCCCAUCCGCUGCACCAACUGUGCCCGUUGCGUCCCCAAGGACAAGGCCAUCAAGAAGUUUGUGAUCAGGAACAUAGUGGAGGCAGCGGCCGUGAGAGACAUCACAGAGGCCAGUGUCUUCGACUCUUAUGUACUGCCCAAGCUCUAUGUGAAGCUGCACUACUGUGUCAGCUGUGCCAUCCACAGCAAAGUGGUGAGGAACCGUUCCUGCGAGGCCAGGAAAGACCGCACCCCACCACCCAGAUUCAGGCCCACAGCUGGUGCACCAAGAGCUGCUCCAAAACCUCUGUAAAGCAGAUUUUGAAGAUGCUGUACUCCUGAAGAAUAAAGUCAGAAAUCUUUACAAAAA